ACCACCACAAGCCUCGUUCGUUGAGGUUGGGCGAGAGAGAGAGAGAGAGAGAGAGAGGGAGAGACAUCAUGGUGUGCUGCGUGAACUAUAUCUCUCCGCCACGCGCCUCUCUAUCUCCACCACCUUCACGCUCCUCCUUCUCUUUCUCCGGCGAUGCCGGGCACUCUCUCCUCCGUGAACCAACCCUACUCCUCCGCCGUGCUACAAGAUCUCCGUCGAUCAUUGCUCCCAGAUUCCAGGUCGUGGCGGCGGCCGAGAAAGCAGAGCAGCCGCCUCUGAAGAUAAUGAUAUCAGGAGCUCCUGCUUCUGGUAAAGGGACACAAUGCGAGCUCAUCACUCAGAAAUACGGUUUGGUGCAUAUCUCUGCGGGAGACUUGCUGAGAGCUGAAAUCGCUUCUGGUAGUGAAAAUGGGAAGCUGGCUAAAGAAUAUAUGGAGAAAGGACAGUUGGUACCUGAUGAAAUCGUUGUAAUGAUGGUGAAAGACCGUUUGUCGCAGACGGAUUCUGAGAAGAACGGAUGGCUUUUAGAUGGUUAUCCUAGAAGCUCGUCCCAGGCAACUGCUCUCAAGGGGUUUGGAUUCCAGCCUGAUCUCUUCAUUGUCCUCGAAGUUCCUGAAGAUAUUCUGAUUGAAAGAGUUGUGGGACGUAGAUUGGAUCCUGUCACGGGAAAGAUCUAUCACUUGAAGUAUUCUCCUCCGGAGACGGAAGAGAUCGCUGCUAGACUCACCCAACGUUUUGAUGAUACCGAAGAGAAGGCAAAGCUGCGGUUGAAGACUCAUAACCAAAAUGUGAGCGAUGUGCUUUCCAUGUACGACGAUAUAACUAUUAAGAUAAAGGGAAACCGUUCAAAGGAGGAAGUGUUUACUCAAAUUGAUACUGCUCUAUCCCAAAUGCUUCAACAGAGGAACACCUCUCCAAGUUCACUUUCAAGUUGAAUCAUUCUUGGUGCGUGUCUGAAGAAGUGUUUGACCAUUUCCGAAAUGCUUCAACAGAGGGAACGCUGCUCGAACUUCACUUUCAAGUUGAAUCAUUCUUGUCACGGACCUAACCAGCGGUAAAUAUCCCUUUCUCGCAGCAUUUAUCGAAUUCGAUUGAUACCACUUGUAUCACCAAUAAAGAAUCUGUUUGUUUCCAGUAAAGUGAUGUAUGUCUGUGACCUUCUUUGUACUCUUGUAGAUUUACUGAAAAUAACCUUUUGUGGUUCUCUUGUUUACUUGAUUGAUUUCUAUUAGUUUUAAAGUCAUUUUUGGAUC